AUGCCAAUAAGACCAGAUCUCCAGCAGUUGGAAAAAUGCAUUGAUGAUGCUUUAAGGAAAAAUGAUUUCAGGCCUUUGAAAACACUUUUACAAAUUGACAUUUGCGAAGAUGUGAAGAUCAAAUGCAGCAAACAGUUUUUCCACAAGUUGGAUGACCUUAUAUGCAGGGAACUUAAUAGAAAGGAUAUCCAAAGUGUUUCAAUCAUUUUCAUUUCUUUUGGAAGAUGUGGCAGAAAUAUCAGUAUAUUGGGGCAAGCUGGACUUCUAACUUUGAUAAAACAAGGACUAGUCCAAAAGAUGGUUACCUGGUUUGAAAAGUCCAAGGAGAUAAUUCUGAGUCGAGGAAAUUCAAAAGAUGAAACUCUUACAAAUAUGAUAGAAGACUUACUUGAUCUUCUGAUGGUCAUAUAUGACGUCAAUGAUGAAGGUAAAAAGCAAGUAAUGGAAAGUUUCAUCCCUCGGAUUUGUGCCCUGGUUAUUGACUCAAGAGCAAAUAUUUGUAUUCAGCAGGAGACUCUAAAAAAAAUGAAUGCUAUCCUUGACAAAAUGCCUCAAGAUGCCAGAAAAAUACUCUUUACCCAAGAAAUGUCAAUUCUCAUGAACAGUAUGGGAAAAAGGAUUUUAGAUGUUGGAGAUUAUGACUUACAAGUAGGUAUCGUAGAGGCUUUAUGUAGAAUAACAACAGAAAAACAGAGACGAGAGCUGGCAUGCCAGUGGUUUUCAAUGGACUUUAUUGCUAAUGCAUUUAAAGGAAUUAAGGACUCUGAAUUUGAAACAGACUGCAGGAUUUUUCUCAACCUUGUAAAUGGCAUGCUUGGAGACAAGAGAAGGGUCUUUACAUUUCCUUGUUUAUCAGCAUUUCUUGAUAAAUAUGAGCUGCAAAUACCAUCAGAUGAAAAACUUGAGGAAUUCUGGAUAGAUUUUAAUCUUGGGAGCCAGUCUCUAUCAUUCUAUAUUGCUGGAGAUGAUGAUGAUCAUCAGUGGGAAGCAGUCACUGUGCCUGAGGAUAAAGUAGAAACAUACAGCAUUGAAGAGAGAAAAUCGAAGAAGCUGCUGACUGUAAUUCUGAAAAAUAUUUUGAAAAUUGGUAAAAGAGAAGGGAUAAAAUUGCUUUUGUAUUUUGAUGCAUCAUUAGAAAUCACUAAUGUGACACAAAAAAUUUUUGGCGCACAUAAACAUAGGGAAUUUACCAGAAAACAGGGUAUUUCAGUUGCCAAAACAUCUGUGCAUGUACUUUUUGAUGCAAGUGGAUCACAGAUUCUAGUGCCAGAAAGUCAAGUCUCACCCGUUGCAGAAGAACUCGUUAGUUCAAAAGAAAAACCUAACUCCCAAAAGGAAUUUGUUAAACCUCAAAAACACAUCCAAAACAGUACUCAAGGGGAUGGGAAAAAUAGUCAGCCUGAGAUAAUUACUCCUAGCAAAAGGAAAAUGUCUGAAGCCUCAAUGAUCGUUACUGGUGCAGAAAGGUACACCGUGAGAAGUCCGUUACUUUUAAUCAACACAUCAACACCGCGAAGAGGAAGAGUUAAACCACCACUGCAAAUGAUGAGUUCUGCAGAAAAACCUGGUGUUUCUAAAAGAGCGGAAAAUGAAGGGGACCAUGCGACGUCAUAUCAGUCUAAAUCACCCGCAGGAAGAAACAGAGAUGAUACCGACAAACAUAUCAAAACUGCUAACGUUGUAGAAAAGACAGAAAAUAAGGACAUUGAAUUCCUAAACCAAAAUUUUAAUGAACCUCAGUAUAUGGUUCCUGAUUCACAGGCAGUAAGAAAAAUAGAUAAAUCUAUGUUUCCUGGUGUUUCAUACAACAGUCAUGGAAAUAAAACACCCUCUAAGUGGGCAUGUUGGACACCUGUAACAAAUAUCAAGCUAUGCAAUAAGCAAAGAGCAAGCGCUUCUUCACAAGGAGAUGCCCUUAAUCAAGAUGUUGCUAUCAACAAAAAAAUUACUAAACAAAAAUCAUCUUCUUCAUUAUCUGAUGAUAACUCCGAAGAAACAGGAAAGGUGGACUAUAGGAAAAAAAUAAUGCAGCAUAACAAAAUAGAUAAAGCAGAAGAUGACAUUCGCAGAAGAAACAAUCAAGUAAAUCAACAUUCAGAGCAGAAAAACAUUGAAAAUACUGAGCAGAGUGAUUGGCAUAUUGAAUCUGAAACUACUUUUAAGUCAAUUCUCCUAAAUAAGACAGUUGAAGAAUCUCUCAUCUAUAGAAAGAAAUACAUAUUGUCAGAAGAUAUGAAUACUGCUCUUUGUGAUAAAAGCCCUUCUCCUGGUAAAAGCCUAAAGAGUCAUAGAAAAUCAAGGAAAAGAUUAAUGUCUGAGCUUGAUUCCUGGGAACGGAAACAAAAAACAAUGAGAGAAAAGUCAAAAGAGAAAGCACUUAAUAAUGCAGCAGAUUCCUUGAUAAGCCAAAUUAAUAAGCGAUACAAACCAAAGGAUGAUAUGCCGUCUACAAGAAAAUUAAAGGAGUCUUUGAUUAACAGGGGUUUUUCAAACAAAUCCGAUCUACAGCUCAGUAAGGAAAAAGUUCAGAAAAAAAGUUAUAGACAACUGAAGACUACUUUUGUUAAUGUUACUUCUGAAUACCCACUGAAUGAUGUCUAUAAUUUUAAUUUGAAUGGAGCUGAGGAGCCUAUUAUAAAACUUGGAAUCCAGGAAUUUCAAACUACAACUAGAGAAGCCUGCGUGGAUAAUUCAGUGAAAUCGGUUGGUUUAAGGAAUCAUGAUGAACUUGAACCGUCUCUCAAAACAAAAGAUAAAAGAAUUGUAACAAGGAAUAAAAACAAAAACCUGUUUAGUGAUACUGACACAGAAUACAGAUGUGAAGACAGCAAGACUGACGUUAGCUGGCUAAAAGAACCAAAAUCAAAACCGCAGCUAAUAGAAUACAGCAGAAAUAAAGGUGUGAAGAAGAGACAGAAAAGUGGGAAAUCAAGACCAUCUUUGGAAAGGGAACAACCAAGAUCUAAAAUGGCACCCAAGAAAAACAUCACCAAAAAGGCAGGUGAGAUCAUUCCAGAUGGGAGAACCAGACAUCCACGAAGAGCAGCAAACACCAAAAAAAAUUAUAAAGAUCUCUCAAAUUCAGAAUCAGAAUGUGAACAAGAAGUUUUACCGCCAUUGAAAGAGAAAGUGCUAGUAAAGGAGGAGAACACCUUUUCCAGAAGCAAAACCACGACGCUGCCAAAGAAAGAGCAGGGCGCUUUCUCUGCCGAGACCCAGAAGGACGUACCAAAAGACAGGGCAGGUGCCUCGCCGCCAAAGGAGGCUGCGGGAGACGCCGGCCUCGGCUCGCCUCUCGUGUCUUCACUGGGGAGUCCAUCAUCUAUAGAAGUAAUGAGAUGUACGGAGGAAGUAACAGAAAGGGAUUUCACUCAGGAUCAUGACUGUGUAACAAAAUCCAUAUCAUCUAAUGCAAGAGCCUCAUCACCUGAAUCCUUAAACAGUAAAUACAGAGUUGGAGAGCCAAUAAAGUCACCAAAAAACAGGGAGAAAAGUUUACUAUGUUCAAGAGAAAGUUGCUCACCUCUUCCACACUCACUCUCUUCGGGAGCUCCUUCAGCAUCUCCGGUGUCCAUGUCCAGUGAAGGGGGAGAGAAAAUAGGAUGCGCCACGCCCGGCGACCCUGCUCACGGAUCAGGCCCUACACACCAUCUUAGUCGCAAACGGAUGUACAUAGAAGAUGAAACAAUUAAUCCUGACGAAAUAAGAGUGGAAGAGGAAGAGGAAGAGGAAGGGAGAGCAAACUUGCUUCCCCAAAAACUGUCUAAAAUUGAAGAUGGAGAUCACAAAACGUCUGAAAGUACAUCUUCAGUAUCAACAAAUGACUCUUCUUUUUCUGGGAAAAACUGGGAAACUGAAGUUUCAGAUGUAGGCAUGGUGUGUGAGCAGUUUAAUACAGAAUUUAAGAAGAAAUUUAAUAUCCACCAAAAAUUGAUGGAUUACUUCACUAAGCAGUCUUGGAAAACAGCUCAACAACAUCUGAAAACAAUGAACCAUCAUAUUCAGGAAUACAGGACCCAAAAACUUGAUAAAUUCCAGCUCAGCAUCAUAGAAGAGUUGAAGAAUUUUGAAAAAGAUUCACAGACCUUGAAAGAUUUGGAGAAGGAAUUUGCGGCUUCACCUGCUGAAAGCCUCAUUGGACAAAAACGUCUUCUACACCACUGA